AUGUCAGAACGUGGAAUCAAGUGGGCUUGUGAAUAUUGCACGUAUGAGAACUGGCCGUCUGCAAUCAAGUGCACUAUGUGUCGUGCCCCGAGGCCCAGCGGGACCAUCAUCACGGAGGAUCCAUUCAAAAGCGGCUCCAGUGAUGUCGGUCGAGACUGGGAUCCUUCCAGCACCGAAGGAGGCAGCAGCCCUCUGAUCUGCCCAGACUCCAGCGCCAGACCCAGGGUGAAGUCUUCGUACAGCGCGGAGAACGCAAACAAGUGGUCCUGCCACAUGUGCACGUACUUGAACUGGCCGAGGGCGAUCCGCUGCACCCAGUGCUUGUCCCAGCGCAGGACCAGGAGCCCCACGGAGUCUCCUCAGUCCUCGGGGUCUGGCUCCAGACCGGUGGCUUUUUCUGUUGAUCCUUGCGAGGAAUACAAUGACAGAAAUAAACUGAACGCACGGACCCAGCAUUGGACUUGCUCUAUUUGCACGUAUGAAAACUGGGCCAAGGCUAAGAAAUGUGUUGUUUGCGAUCAUCCCAGACCUAAUAAUAUUGAAGCCAUAGCCUUGGCAGAGACUGAGGAGGCUUCCUCAAUAAUAAACGAGCAGGACAGAGCGCGGUGGAGGGGGAGCUGCAGCAGCAGUAACAGCCAGAGGAGGUCGCCUCCCACCACGAAGCGAGACUCGGACCUGAAGAUGGAUUUCCAGAGGAUUGAAUUGGCUGGUGCUGUGGGCAGCCAGGAGGAGCUGGAAGUGGACUUUAAAAAACUAAAGCAAAUUAAAAACAGGAUGAAGAAGACCGAUUGGCUGUUCCUCAAUGCUUGUGUGGGGGUGGUGGAGGGCGAUCUGGCUGCCAUAGAAGCCUACAAGUCAUCGGGAGGCGACAUCGCCCGGCAGCUCUCUGCGGACGAGGUGCGCCUGCUCAACCGCCCCUCCGCCUUCGACGUUGGCUACACGCUGGUGCACCUGGCCAUCCGCUUCCAGAGGCAGGACAUGCUCGCCAUCCUGCUCACCGAGGUGUCCCAGCAAGCAGCCAAGUGCAUCCCUGCCAUGGUGUGCCCCGAGCUGACGGAGCAGAUCCGGCGGGAGAUCGCGGCCUCGCUGCACCAGCGGAAGGGGGACUUCGCCUGCUACUUCCUCACCGACCUCGUCACGUUCACGCUGCCGGCAGAUAUCGAAGACCUGCCUCCGGCCGUCCAGGAGAAGGUGUUUGACGAGGUGCUGGACCGAGACGUGCAGAAAGAGCUCGAGGAGGAGUCUCCGAUCAUAAACUGGUCCCUGGAGCUGGCCACACGCCUGGACAGCCGGCUCUAUGCCCUCUGGAACCGGACGGCGGGGGACUGCCUGCUGGACUCGGUGCUGCAGGCCACCUGGGGCAUCUACGACAAGGACUCGGUGCUGCGGAAGGCCCUGCACGACAGCCUGCACGACUGCUCCCACUGGUUUUACACACGCUGGAAAGAUUGGGAAUCGUGGUAUUCUCAGAGCUUCGGUUUGCAUUUCUCCCUGCGGGAGGAGCAGUGGCAAGAAGACUGGGCCUUCAUCCUCUCUCUCGCCAGCCAGCCGGGAGCGAGCCUGGAGCAGACGCACAUCUUCGUGCUCGCACACAUCCUCAGGCGCCCGAUCAUCGUGUACGGCGUCAAGUAUUACAAGAGCUUCCGGGGCGAGACGCUGGGGUACACGCGGUUCCAAGGUGUGUAUUUGCCUUUGUUGUGGGAACAGAGUUUUUGCUGGAAAAGUCCGAUUGCUCUGGGCUACACCAGGGGCCACUUCUCUGCUCUGGUCGCCAUGGAAAACGAUGGCUACGGUACCCGCGGCGCUGGUGCUAACCUGAACACCGACGACGACGUCACCAUCACCUUCCUGCCUCUGGUGGACAGCGAGAGGAAGCUGCUGCACGUGCACUUCCUGUCCGCCCAGGAGCUGGGCAACGAGGAGCAGCAGGAGAGGCUGCUCCGCGAGUGGCUGGACUGCUGCGUGACGGAGGGCGGCGUGCUGGUGGCCAUGCAGAAGAGCUCGCGGCGGCGCAGCCACCCGCUGGUCACGCACAUGCUGGAGAGGUGGCUCGACCGCUACCGGCAGAUCCGGCCCUGCACGUCCCUGUCCGACGGCGAGGAGGACGACGAGGACGAGGAUGAGUGA